AUGAGAACUCCCGGCCCAGCUAUGGCAUCCCUGCUGCCCGUCCAGACCUGGCCCUUGAUCCUGAUUCUGCUGACUGUCCUGGCCCUGGGGGCUGCAGAAAACUUCAACAUCUCAAGCAUCUCGGGUCUGCUGUCCCCGGCACUAACGGAGAGCCUGCUGGUUGCCUUGCCCCCUUGUCACCUCACAGGGGGCAAUGCCACACUCAUGGUCCGGAGAGCCAAUGACAGCCAAGUGGUGAAAUCUAGCUUCGUGGUGCCUCCAUGCCGUGGGCGCAGGGAGCUGGUGAGUGUGGUGGACAGCGGGGCCAGCUUCACAGUCACCCGGCUCAGCGCAUACCAGGUGACAGACCUCGUGCCAGGAACCAAAUACUACGUUUCCUACCUAGUGACGAAGGGGACAUCCACUGAGUCCAGUAGAGAGAUCCCAAUGUCCACACUUCCUCGAAGGAAGGUGGAAUCCAUUGGGCUGGGAAUGGCCCGGACGGGGGGCAUGGUGGUCAUCACAGUGCUGCUGUCUGUCGCCAUGUUCCUGCUGGUGGUGGGCUUCAUCAUCGCGUUGGCUCUGGGCGCCCGGAAGUGAGGAGGCCAGCGCCAGGCAGCAGACCUCUAUGAGGUCCGGGACCCUGUCCAUUUCCCCAGCCUGUGUGCCCGCCUCCUCUGCUGAAAAGACUACCUGCUCCCAGUCCUCAACCAUGGCUUCUAAGGGGCCUUCACCUCUCCUCCCUGCCCCCUCUCACUGGAGCCUUUUCCUCCCUCUGCCCUCCCCUAGGUCCCUGGUGCCUCCCCUCCCUCCACUCCCUAUAAUCCCCUCGGCCCACUCCUGUCAGAACUGAUGCUCCUCCCACUUCUCCUCU